CUGGCCCGUGAGAGUCUCGCGAGAACUCGGUGGACUAUAAAGUCAGCUCCCCACACGCGGGCGCUUUCGGGCGACUUCUUCCUGCGUUCUCGCGGUUGUUUCUGUUUGGGAGACCUGUGGCUCGAUCCUGCUGAUAGCAAGAUGUCUUCAGGAAAUGCAAAAAUUGGGUAUCCUGCUCCCAACUUCAAAGCUACAGCUGUUAUGCCAGAUGGACAAUUCAAAGAUAUCAGCCUAAGUGAUUACAAAGGAAAAUAUGUUGUGUUCUUCUUUUACCCUCUUGACUUUACUUUUGUGUGUCCCACGGAGAUCAUUGCUUUCAGUGAUAGAGAUCCUAAGCGCACCAUUGCUCAAGAUUAUGGAGUCUUAAAGGCUGAUGAAGGUAUCUCUUUCAGGGGUCUUUUUAUUAUUGAUGAUAAAGGUACCCUUCGACAGAUAACAAUAAACGAUCUUCCGGUUGGCCGCUCUGUGGAUGAGAUUAUACGACUAGUCCAGGCCUUCCAAUUCACUGACAAACAUGGUGAAGUGUGCCCAGCUGGCUGGAAACCUGGCAGUGAUACCAUCAAGCCUGAUGUCAAUAAGAGCAAAGAGUAUUUCUCUAAGCAGAAGUGAGCACUGGACCAUUUUUCUGCCAGGCAGCAUUGAGCAGCCAG